AAAAACAAGUUCUCAGUUCGAGUAUUCUCAUUGAAACGAGAAAUCAGCGCAAGGAAUGUCCGACCCGUGGUUUAAAGGCCAGCAGCAGUGGGGCGCAGCGUCCACUCCCGAUCGCCAGGCUGCUCAAGCAUGGGCUUCAACAUCGUCGAACGCUGAACGCGGCGAGGCGAACGAAAUGCACACCCUGCGUGGCCGCUCGAGCACAGUGUCCAGCGUUGCCGACGAUGCAGAUGAGGCGGACGUCGAGAGCUAUCUGAACGGCGCGGGUCGCCCUUCGCAUCCCUCCGACCGUCAGCUGAUCCCUGAUGAGGACCCUCACAAAAAGCACGCAAAGGCCAAGCGUUAUGUGACGCACAUUCCGCUCUGGCAGCGCUACGCCGUUGCCAUCACUGUCCUUGUUAUUCUGCUUGCCUUGUUCGCUGGCAUGGCGGCCUACAACUUUGCCUCGCACGAACGUCAUGAAGUCGACAAUUCUGCAGAGGAAGCUUCGUUGGCCACCGUUUCGCGAUCGUCCGUCUCUGCCCUGUCUGCGUCAAGCGUUGAAGUAAUGCUGGCCUCUGUAGCAACCGCAUCUGUGUCGCAGGUAUCGCUCGCGAGUGCUGUUUCAGUAUCCUCUGUCGCUGCCGUUGCCACUUCGAUUGCGUCCGUUCUCGACGUUGCGUCGUCGGCUGCAUCCGUGCUUGACGCUGCAUCGUCGUCUGCUUCUGUGGCCUCUGCCGUCGACGUCGCAUCAUCGGCUUCUGUGGCCUCUGCUAUUGAUUUUGCAUCGUCGUCUGCUUCUGUCGCGUCUGCCAUUGAUGUCGCUUCGUCGGCGUCUGUGGCCUCCGCUGUCGAGUUUGCGUCGUCGGCUUCCGUGGCCUCAGUCGUAGAUGCUGCAUCGUCCUCAGCCUCUGCCGCCUCUGCCCUGGAUAUCGAGUCGUCCGCCUCUGUGGCGUCUGCCGAGUCGGCCUCUGUUGCAUCUGCCGUUGAUGCCGCAUCGUCAUCAGCUUCUGUUGCUGCUCUCACCUCGACCCCAGCGCCCACCGAUCUCUCUUCCGCCACUCCCGAGGCCACCGAUCUCUCGUCCGCCACUCCCGAGGCUACUGAUCUCUCUUCCGCAACUCCCGAAGUCACUGACGUCUCUUCCGCAACGCCUGAAGUCACUGACGUCUCUUCCGCAACUCCUGAAGUCACCGAUGUCUCGUCGGCCACUCCCGAGGUCUCAUCCGCCACACCCGAAGUCACUGAUGUCUCAUCCGCUACUCCUGACGUUGUCUCUUCCGCUACUCCUGACGCCGUCUCAUCCGCCACACCCGAAGUCACUGAUGUCUCAUCCGCUACUCCCGACGCCGUCUCAUCCGCUACUCCUGACGCCGUCUCAUCCGCUACUCCUGAGGUCACCGCAGUUGCAAGCCCGUAAUUUUUUGUUGUUUCUCAGCUAGUUAUCCUGUUUGUGUGUCUUGUUUUCUCUCUGUGCAGCAGGUUUGUUGCUGGAGCAAGUUUUUGGUGAUGUGUUUGAGUUUGAAUAUUUUUUGUGCGCGUGAGUGUUGUAUUUUUAUAAGCCCUCUUCUGAUCG